UAUCAGGUCUGGGCUAAUGGCCGCGUUUUAUACUAUAUCCGAACGCGGGCAAUACAACGUCUGAAUAGACUUCAACAAUAGUCUGAAUAUAUUUCAUUAAUCAUAUUAAAAUAUAAAAAACCUAUAUCAGACAAUUAUGCUGAGUGUUAAGGGACUAUCGCUAGAAAAUGUUCAGCCAACACAGAAAAGGCAACCAAGAGUAAAGAAACCAUAUACUGUAGCAGUAGAAGGUAACAUUGGCAGUGGCAAGUCAACUUGUCUGGAAUAUUUUCGCAAACAAAAAGAAGUUGAGGUCAUACCAGAACCAGUAUUCAAGUGGAAAGAUGUAAAGGGUUACAACACAUUGGAAAUGAUGUACAAAGAUGCCUCUCGGUGGAGCUUAGCUUUCCAGUCUUACGUGCAGUUGACCAUGGCAGAUGUGCAUAGAAAAGACACGCAACGUCCUGUGAAGAUGAUUGAAAGAUCCUUGUACAGUGCACGAUACUGUUUUGUGGAGAAUUUGUAUCAAGGUGGUUUGAUGCCUGAAGUGGACUAUGCCAUACUCUCUGAAUGGUACAACUGGAUACAGGACAACGAAGACAUGCAUAUUGAUCUCAUUGUGUAUCUUCAAGCACUGCCUGUUACAUGCCAGGAGAGAAUUAAGAUGAGGAACAGGCAUGAGGAGCAGAGUGUGCCCUUGGACUACCUGGAGUCAUUGAACGACCUUCAUGAGAACUGGCUCAUCAAACAAACCAAGUUUAAGACACCUUGCCCUGUACUGGUAAUCAAUGCAGACUGUGGGCUUGAUGACAUGUACAAGAAGUUUGACCUUCACAGAGAGGAAAUUCUACGGCUGAACAAAGAAAAUUAGCCAUAAUUUAUAUCACAACUCUUUAGUUUAUGUAAUUCGUGUAGUAGCAAUUUUUAGGAGUAUGUAGAAGAAAAUUUGUAUUAAUA